ACGAGGAGUCUGGUAACACCGUUGUUUGACAGCGAUUUUGCUUCUAGAAAAGUCGGCAUUUUUUUGCAUCUUUACCUGGCUAGGCGCAUAGCGUGAUUCCACCAGCAGUUAACCGAGAUUAAGAGCAAUUCUUAACCCUAGUUAGCUUCUCCACCAGCAGAUAUGGACAAGGUGAACGAACUUAAGGAAAAGGGCAACCAGGCGCUGAACGCCGAGAAGUACGACGAGGCGGUGGCAGCCUACACAGAAGCCAUCACACUAGACGGGCAAAACCAUGUGCUGUAUAGCAACCGUUCCGCGGCCUACGCCAAGGCCGGCAAAUUCCAGGAGGCGCUGGAGGAUGCAGAAACGACGAUCAAAUUAAAUCCCUCAUGGCCGAAAGGUUACUCCCGCAAGGGAGCAGCUGCUGCCGGACUGCAGGACUUUAUGAAGGCCUUCGAAGCCUACAACGAGGGUCUUAAGUACGAUCCUCAGAAUGAGAUCUUGCUGCGGGGUCGGCAGGAUAUCACUGCUUCCGUGCUGAACUACAUGCAAUCGCAGGGCGACUUCCCAAUGGACAUUGAUCCGCAGGCGCGCCCCAGGCGAGCACCUUCUCCACCCCCUUCCAAGCCGGCUCAGCCAUCCCAGCCCGCUGAGAAAAGAGUGGAGGACAUGACAGAGGAGGAGCGAAAAAAGCAUUUUGCCAAAGAGGAGAAGGAGCUGGGCAAUGCGGCAUACAAGAAGAAGGACUUUGAGACUGCUCUGAAACACUACAAUGCUGCCAUCUCUCACGAUCCCAACGACAUUACCUUCUACAACAACAUUGCUGCCGUGCACUUCGAACGGAAGGAGUAUGAAGAGUGCAUAAAGCAGUGCGAGAAGGGUAUCGAAGUAGGUCGCGAGAAUCGCUCAGACUUCAAGCUGAUUGCCAAAUCAUUUGCUCGCAUCGGCAACACCUACCGCAAGCUGGAGAACUACAAGCAGGCCAAGGUCUACUAUGAGAAGGCCAUGUCCGAGCAUCGCACACCGGAGAUCAAAACCUCUCUUAGCGAGGUGGAGGCCAAGAUCAAGGAGGAGGAGCGCAUGGCGUACAUCAAUCCAGAGAAGGCCGAGGAGGAGAAGGAAAAGGGCAACGAGUACUUCAAGAAGGGCGACUACAGCACAGCUGUCAAGCACUAUUCGGAGGCAAUCAAGCGCAAUCCUGAUGAUCCCAAGCUGUACAGUAAUCGGGCUGCCUGCUACACUAAGUUGGCCGCCUUUGAUCUCGGUCUGAAGGACUGUGAGACCUGCAUCAAACUGGAUGAAAAAUUCAUCAAGGGUUACAUUCGCAAAGGCAAAAUUCUCCAGGGCAUGCAGCAGACUUCUAAAGCCCAGUCGGCCUAUCAGAAGGCUCUCGAAAUCGAUGCCAACAAUGCGGAGGCCAUUGAAGGCUACCGUCAGUGCUCAAUGAACUUCCAGCGCAAUCCCCAGGAGGUGCUCAAGAAUGCCAUGUCCGAUCCAGAGAUUCAACAAAUCCUCAAAGACCCGGCAAUGCGAAUGAUCCUCGAACAGAUGCAGAACGAGCCCAAUGCGGUGAAAGACCAUUUGCAGAAUCCAGCCAUCGCCGAUAAGAUAAUGAAACUGCUGGAAUCGGGCAUCAUUCAGCUACACUAAGCACUCCACUCACACUAACACCCACACUCUCACACACCCACACACACCACACACACACAAAACCAUAUUGAUAAACAUUCAGGAGACAAAAAACAAAAAAAAAACGGAUACUAUGCAUUAUACAAAAAUUUAUGGCACUUUAAGCUGGUUAACUAAAUAUCGUUUUUUCGAAGAAACGGGCCACAAUUAAUGCUAAAACGUUAUUACCUUAGAAAUCGCAACGCCUCAACGCCGAACGACGAUAAACUACAACUAACUAAAGAAUUAUUAAAAAAAAAACGAGAAUAUAAAAUCAUUGAUACAUGUCUGCCUAGUUGAUUUACGCAGACGGAUGGAGUAGGCUCCAACGUCAAGGUCCUUAUUUUCUUACUACAAUAACUAUGCUGUAGCUUAGCUCUAAAAUAAGAUUUUGAAUGUAAAAUAAAUGAGUCAAAGAAUGGUA